AUGGCGGAUCCGUUAAUCACUGCGCCGCUGCCUCGACGCUCCUCAUCGCAGACCUCUUCGUCUUCCCACAAAAGCCAAAAGGCUAAACCAUGCCGGCCAAAGCAGACGACAAAGCGACUCUCGGGGGUCUCUGUUGUGUCCUCUAAUGUCACUACUGGAAUCUCCGCUGACUUGACGUCUUUCCCGUCCCUCUUGCCGGAUAGCUCUCCACAAGAAUUGCGCGUUCAACCUGACCUGGACGGCGCAUUUAGUCAGGGAUCGCUACCAGAACCAACUGACGAAGAAAAUGGCCGCACCGUUCAACGUGGUAGACAGGCAGCCCUAGAGAGACUCACCUCGUCAUUAUCUCAGGGAUCGGGCCGUCCUGCUUUAUUUGAUGAUUCCAUUUCAACCUCUGAAGUCCCCGGGGCAUUACACUUGGCCGACAGUGCCCAUAUCGAACAUUUGCUGGAGCGAAGUGGUGCUGUUAAACUCGUUAGGCAAUUCGCGCGCGACCUCGCAAUCAGAGACGCUGAAAUAUCGAAGCUACGGAGGCGGGCAGAUGCCCGAGAAAGGGAGCUGAAGAGAAUGCUUCGGGAUGUGGGAGUAUCUAGUCAGGACAUUGAAAGGCGUUUAUACGAUCUGGAAAACCCGCCUUCUAAAGAUGGAUUAGAUGAGGAUACGGAUGGCACCAACAAGCUGGCUCCAAAGCCCAGCAUCGGCGGUCUGAUGGGCCAGGCUAUGCAAGACUCUGUUGGUGAAUUCGAUUCAGCUAACGCAGAUCUGCAAGCCACACUACGUCCGUACCGUAACGAUAGCGAUGCGAAGUCAGGCACUUCGAGUAACGAAUCCGGCACCCAGCGAAGACCCGGAACGGUUCGCAUAUGGCAGGACUAUAUUUUGGGCAACAUUAAUUCUAGCCAUAAGACUAGUCGCGCUAGUAGCGUGGUAACUGAUCCUGAUGAUAUUGAGGAGAUUACGCCCCGUUCUUCAAACGCCGCGACUUCUGGGCGUCGGAAAGGUCUGGAUGAGAGGCUCUUCGAGCCUCCUCAUAGCCGUGCAGCUUCCCCAACUGGCGCCAGGACCUCAAAUACUGGCGACUCAUCUAGCGUGCACUCACGGAAAUCCUCAAAGUCUGUCACAUCCUGGACCGUCAAGCUGUUCGCAGGCAAUUCUCAGAACAAAGACGCCCCGGCCGUCUCAAACGGGGAUCGGAGCCGAGCAUCGUCUUUAGGAGAGGAAAGACUCAAGAAUAGUUCUAAGAAUACUCCUAACAAUACGGGGAAAAAUGGACUUUCUGCUGUGGCUGCUUUGAAACGUAUAAACAGUUAUGGUGGCGCCAAUGGCCAACCUACCACCACCCCGUCUUCAGGCCUCAAUAGGCUCGGGCAACGGCGUAUAACAGGAUCGAAUGUUCCACAAGGGUCCAAUACAGACCGCGGUAACGGCACAGCGGCAACCAACCUCGGCCCUGUUGAGAUGGAUGCCAUCUUGCCCCUGGAGUCUCGUCCACCAGCCCUCAGUGAUUACCGCAUUAACUACCAAUCGGGAGAGCUAUUGACGGAUCAUUUUGGCUUUAUCUAUGAUCAACUUCGCAAGAAGAGACAAAAGGAAGCAGCGUUGCUAAGAAGGAGUACAAAUCGAAACAGCAUGACCGAGACGAUUAAUAGUCACCGUAGCGGAGACCUGACAGACGAUGGUGAACACGACAGUGACCAGCUCCCAGUAGGGGGUGCAGUCUCAAUUCCGGAUCAAUCUGCAACGCCCACUUCCGUUGAAGAAACUGAAGCCGAACCAUCAGCAACAAAGCGUUGGCAAGACUACCUUCGGAUUGCUACACGACCGACAGAAUUACUGUCCCACACCCCUUCCACCGCGCCUAUUGUUGGUAUCACUACCCCGGAUGAAACCACGAAGAGAGUAGGCUCUAGCGUUGCUCUCGACAAAGCUGGCGCACCGUCGGUCAAUCCAAACUCGCAGCCUACAGCGUCAACAUCUGCUAUCGUAGCAGAUACGCCCGAAUUUGCGAAUGCGGCAGCGCGGGUACAGACGACUAACGUGGCUAGCCUAUCCAACGACCAAGAACCUGUGAAACUUCUCCUGGAGCAGCUAACAGAGCUUCAUGACGUCCUUCAGCGUGAACGCACGACUAAAUGGAAUGAAUUUCUACGCAAAGUUCGCGCAGAGCGCCGCCGCGAAGGCGAAGCCGCGGCAGCCCUCGACCCUGAACGUGCAAAUAUGUCACUUAAUAUGCCCGAAGCUACACUGGCUGAUGGUGAAGUCGUCGGCAUCGCAGGUUUGGGCAACAAGGGCAAAGUCGGACGAAACAAGUGGCGCGAGUUUCGAUCAUUGGUACUUUCCGGAAUUCCUGUCGCUCAUCGCCCGAAAAUUUGGGCAGAAUGCAGUGGCGCCUCAGCGAUGCGCGUUCCUGGCUACUACGACGAGCUCGUCAAUAUGGCUACUGCUGUUGAUGUCGAUCCUAGCAUAGUGGCUCAGAUUGAUAUGGAUAUCCACCGUACGCUGACUGACAACGUCUUCUUUCGCAACGGACCUGGCGUGGCGAAACUGCGAGAUGUUCUUUUAGCAUAUUCCCGCCGCAACCCUGAGGUGGGCUAUUGCCAAGGAAUGAAUCUUAUCGCAGCGUCACUACUGUUGAUAACGCCGACGGCGGAGGAUGCCUUUUGGAUAAUGACAUCCAUGAUUGAGAAUAUUCUGCCCCCGCAUUACUACGACCAUGGUCUUCUUGCCUCUAGAGCAGACCAACAAGUUCUGCGCCAAUACAUUCGGGAAGUCCUCCCACGACUGUCUGCCCAUUUGGACGAGCUCGGUAUUGAGCUGGAAGCGUUAACUUUCCAGUGGUUCUUGUCAAUAUUCACCGAUUGUCUGUCCGCGGAAGCUCUGUAUCGCGUGUGGGACGUCGUUCUGUGCCUGAACGUCACCAGUACGAUUAACAGUACUUCUUCCGGGAGCGCAAGCAGUAAUAAUCGAGAGAGAGCGCCGUCAUCUGCCGUUGCAACUAACAUAAAAAAGGAUUCGGAAGAUGAUGCCGCAGUUGCAAGUGGUGGUGGUAGCACAUUCCUGUUUCAAGUGGCUCUGGCUUUACUCAAGCUAAACGAGCAGCAACUCCUGACGACGUGCCAUACACCUGCUGCGGUUUACACUUAUGUCAAUCACCAAAUGACAAACCAUGCAAUCAGCAUUGACGGCUUGAUUCAAGCAAGCGAGGCACUUCGGAAUGUCGUCAAGAGAGAAGAUGUUGUUACCAGACGAGCUGCUGCUUUGCGAGAUGUGAAAACCGGUGGAUACUCUUAUGAGAGUUCAAAUGUUUCAGAUGAAUGA